UCCCUCACUAGAGCUGAGUGCUGGAUGAUCUCAGCGACGUCCGCAUUCAGUACGCCGCUUCUAUAAUAACCUCGGGCCUGGAGGACGCUCGGUUCGAAUUCGUGAGAGCGCUGAUUUCGGUUUCCAAGAGGCGAGGCGAUAAAAGCGACGUCUUGAGAUGGCGGAAACUGCUCCUGCUCAACCACCAGCUGCGGCUACUUCAGCGCCUAAAAGCCCCAAGAAGAAGCGCGCCGCUCCAAAGGCCAAGAAGGUCGGCCCCAGCGUGUCCGAGCUCAUCCUCAAGGCUCUGGCCAGCAGCAAGGAGAGGAACGGCGUGUCUCUUCCUGCGCUCAAAAAGUCGCUUGCUGCCGGAGGAUACGACGUGGAGAAGAACAAUGCCCGCGUGAAGUUGGCCAUCAAGAAGCUCGUGGCCAAAGACGCCGUGGCGCAAGUGAAGGGCAGCGGCGCGUCUGGCUCUUUCAAACUCAACAAGGAAAAGGCUGCCGCAAAGGCGAAGCCCAAGUCGUCAACGGCAAAGCCCGCAGCUAAAAAGCCCGCGGCAGCCAAGAAGGUGAAGAAGCCCGCGGCAGCCAAGAAGACCGCGCCCAAGAAGUCUCCCAAGAAAGCAAAGAAGCCCGCGGCUGCCAAGGCGGCCAAGAGCCCCAAAAAGGUGAAGUCGGCUGUUAAGCCCAAGAAGGCGGCGAAGAGCCCAGCCAAGCCCAAGGCUGCGAAGCCCAAGGUCGCUAAGCCCAAGACCGUCAAGGCCAAGGCCGCCAAACCCAAGGUGGCCAAGCCCAAGAAGGCCGCGGCCAAGCCCAAGAAGACUGCGCCAAAGAAGUGAAUCCGAUGGGACGACCGACGCUCGAUUCACUCCACCUCAACGGCUCUUUUCAGAGCCACCCACUUCGUUAAAAAAGUGAACCAGAUGCUGCUGCGCUUCAAUUAGUUCAAAUUAACUGUGUAACAUUUCACCCACUCGAUGUGUUUUAAGCAUUGAUGUGAUGGGAGUGAUCGAGCCCGAAAGCAGGG